GAGGGAGAAGAAGGAAGGAAGAUGAGUUAUGGCGACGAGACGAGCAGAGGCACUUCUACGGAGUGUGCAGUCAGUUGCUGGGGAGGUGGUGAGUGGGAAUACAGUAAGAUCUGAAGAGUGUGAGAUUUGACUCGGCGAGGCGAGUCUCUGCGUCCGAGGAAGAAUCACGGGCCCGAGCGAAUGGCUUCUUCGAUUCUGCAGAUACUGGUACUCCCCUCCACUUGCCCUCGAUCUCACAGCCUGCAGCUCGUCUCGAGCGCGAAGAUGGUGAGCAGUGGGAAUUGAUGGGACGGGAAGAGGGUGGAUGGAUGGAAGGAAGGAUGGAUGGGCAGGGCAGGGCAGAGGGCAGCUCAGGGCAGCGGAGAGCAUGGGGCAGGGCAAGACGAUGUUCGGUGUGGCAUGUCGUGGUUACAGCUGCAGUCUCUGUAUCUGUCUCUGUCUCUGUCCCUUCCUUGCCUCGCUUCGCCUCGCAUAGUGGUAGCGGAGUGGUUGAUGUAGAGUUUGGUACGAGGCUUUUGAUCAGACAGACGAGGGAAGGAAUUGCGUGGUUAGCCACCAGGAUUUCGUACGAUUGCAGAGCACCGGUGGUCCGCUAGGACUGUCACACAGCCUGAAAUCGAGCGAAUAGUCUUGAUGAUUCAGUUUCCAGGGCCGCUCGCUCGGUUUGUAGAUUCACAGUGAGACCGGCGAGGGAGGGGAAUCCGAUUGCAGUGUGGCCUACGUCGCGGACCUUUGACCCUUGUUUUCAGUUACGGUGGAUGACACACGAGACGAGACCCCGAUGUUCAUUCAACUCUCGUUGGUGAUUAUCGGCCUGGCUGCCGGUUGUAUCUCAGGGAGAUGUCCACCGUGCAACGACGGAGUCUUUGAGGUUGUACCGUUUCAUGCUAUGGUCGUCGAAAGUCUCCAAGACUUGCGGGGCGGAAGAAAGUUCAGAACGACGCGGGACAAGGAAUUAGAUUUGGUCACACGGGUUUGUCCCAGAGUACGUGAUAGUUCUCAUCUCAUCUCAUCUCAUUCACCGGGCUUUAGUUGUCCGCAGCCUCAGUUGACAAUAUUCUGCCCCGGCCUGUCGCUUCGAGGUCGGGUCUUUCUUCUCGUCCGUCGACCAAGUCCCCGCAAUCGGCACGAAUGCUGGACUACAGUCACUCUGUGUUCCCGAUUGUCUAACCAAUUAUUCUUGGCUGAUGAUGUCCAUGGCAGCUGAGAGGUUUUCAUGAACAUGCGAGAAAACAGUAGCGCCCAGGAUUUAGCUAUACUGAAGUCCAAGUACAGCACGAACCAAACCCGACGUGCGUUUGAGCAAACACCACGGCCAGGCCUAUGGGCACGUCGGGGAGUCUCAAUCGAUUUAAGCUCGCCUUUAAAUAGGUUCAUCCCUCAGUCCCAAUAAGACUUGACAUUCGCACUG